CCCCACUAUUUGGAAAAUCGGAAUCGGGCUGGCGACGACGACGAUUUUGGCUUUGCUGUCAAAUUAAAGGGCGACAAAGCGAGAAACAAGAGUGCGACAAUCUGCACCUUGAACGACUGAAAAAAAUCCACCCGACGGGGAAAUUAUAGCCAAUUCCCACGAAUCCCACCAAACAGCCCACCCAUCAUGGCGCCGUCCGCUGAAAGCGAGGACAACUCGCUCGCCCAGUUCGACCUCCUCCCGAAGCUGGUCAAAAACCUCGACCGCCACCUGAUCUUCCCGCUCCUCGAUGCCGCCAGCGCCCAGUACUACGAUGAGGAGACCAAUGAGCCCAGGGACGUCGAUAAGGCACGCGAGAUGACCAAGGCCAAGUUUGAGCUCCUCAAGAAGACAAACAUGACCGACUACGUCGCCAAUCUCCACUGCGAGCUCGAGGGCACCGACGAGCCGCCCGCAGAGUACGCUGAGAAGAGGCAAAAGGUCAUCAAGCAGCUGCAGGAUUUUGAGGACUCGGUCAGCAAGCUGAGGGAUCUGCUCGACCGCGAGGAGGUCAUUUCCAACCUGCGCAGCGACAAGGUGGCCAACUUGGAGUUUUUGAAGAAGGAGCACGAUGUCACCAUCGAGAUGGUCACAGCACUGUACGACUUUGGAAACUUUCAGUACAGCUGCGGCAACUAUCCGGCAGCUGCUGAGCUUCUGUACCAGUUCCGUGUCCUCUCGACCGACAACGACAAGGUUUCGGCGGCAACGUGGGGCAAGCUCGCAUCUGAGAUUCUGUCUGGAAACUGGGAGGGUGCUAUGGAGGAGCUCAAAAAGGUCCGCGAGGAUAUCGACUCGAGGUUGUUCAACAACCCGUUGGCGCAGCUCCAGCACAGGACAUGGCUCACCCACUGGGCCCUGUUUCCUCUGUUCAACGACGAGAACUCGCGCGAGGCCCUGCUCGAGAUGUUCUUCUCGCCCAACUACAUCAACACUAUCCAGACCUCGUGCCCGUGGAUCUUGCGUUACCUGGCCGUCGUUGUCAUCGCCGGUCGCGGCCGCGCACGCAACACUGGAGCCUACCAGAAGCAGCUGAAGGAUGUUGUCCGCAUCGUGAAGCAGGAGGGAUACGAGUACUCCGACCCCGUGACGGAUUUUGUUCGCGCUCUCUACAUCGACUUUGACUUUGAGGAGGCGCAGAGGCAGCUUCCUCGCGCUGAGGAGGUGCUGAGGACCGACUUCUUCCUCAUGUCGAUUGGCGACUCGUUCGUCGACGCGGCCCGCCACCUCUUCUUCGAGUCUUACUGCAAGAUCCAUGCUCGUAUCGACCUCAAGAGGCUCAGCGAGCAGCUCGGUCUCAACGUGGACGAGGGCGAGAAGUGGAUCGUUAACCUCAUCCGCGACACGCGCCUCGAUGCAAAGAUCGACUUCCAGGAGGGAACCGUCGUCAUGAACCACCCCAACAGCAGCGUAUACCAGCAGGUCAUUGAGAGAACAAAGGGCGGUUUCUUCAGAACCCAGGUCCUCAGCGCAGCUGUCGCGAGAUAGAAGACGCGAUAGUUCUGUUGUUGUAAUGGAAAAAAAAAGAGACAAAACCAAAAACCAAAAGAUUGUUCUUGAAAUUACACCCGUUACUCGCUUUCUUCCAAGCCAAGGAACCAUCCUGUCAACCUCAUCGGGAAAAAACAUCAGAUUGGAUCCCAGGUGAAUGGCUGACACGCAAGUCUGGUUCCCCCUGUUUAGAAAAGGGGAUUUUCAACAAUGGGAUUUAAGUAGCUACGCAUGUUUGAUGUCUUUGUCAAGUUGAUGAUCAGCCGAUGGGGAUUUUCCGGGGGAAACUUUUCUUUUAAAUGCAUUCUGGUUGGCGUUCUGGGCGUCCCGGUUGGCUUUUUUUUCGAUUUGGCAGAUGCACUGCGAGGCUGAAGGAUGGCAAACAAAAGCUUGGUCACUCUUCGACGGGAGAAGAUGGUUGUUGCGCUUUGUCUAGCUGACGUACUUGGUUGUGGCUCUUCUUCCUCUUUUAGAGAUCAAAUGGGCGACGGAAAGCUCUUCAGAUUUGGCCCAAAGACCCUGUCAAUGAAAACAAACUCUUAUCUACAUACUUCACCAACUCAAGAAACACUUGCAAUGUGUGCAAACUUAUUCUGUAACUAGUUUUAUCAACCAAAAUAAACCAGUUCUACUGAAUAUUUGACUGCUAAGCA